AGUGAUUGACUUUAUCAGUCCAAGGACAUUACUCUGUUGGAGAGGGUGAACUGUUUCCUGGAUUUCUACAAGCAAAAGGAAUAAAAGCAAAACUUAUUUUUUUUUCUUAUCAGUGCUUCUGCAUGAACUGCAUUUUGUGUUGACCAUUCAGAAAGUCUGCAUUGCUCAGGCUUAUUGAUGACGAUGCUUCUAGAUGGAGGACCUCAAUUUCCCACCCUGGGAGUUGGAGGGUUUGGGACAUCUCGCCAUCAUGAAAUGUCCAACCGAGAUGCUGGCAUGGGGCUUAAUCCAUUUGCUGAACCUCCACAUGCUGCGGCUUUCAAGCUCAGUCCAGCCAGUCAUGAUCUUUCCUCAAGCCAGAGCUCAGCUUUUACCCCGCAGGCAUCUGGAUAUGCCAAUGCGCUCGGGCACCAUGCUGGGCAGGUGCCAUCUUAUGGAGGUGCUGCUUUUAACUCUACUAGAGAUUUUCUUUUUAGAAAUCGGAAUUCUGGAAUUGGAGAUGCUGCCUCACCAGGGGGUCAGCAUGGACUUUUUGCCAGCCACGGACCCCCUGGAAUCACCGAUACCCCAGGACACCUGAUAUUUCCUGGACUCCAUGAACAAAGCUCCAGCCACACUUCACCCAAUGGACAUGUGGUAAAUGGACAAAUGCAUUUAGGUCUUAGAGGAGACAUUUUUGGACGUCCAGAUCCUUACAGAACUGUGCCCAGUCCCAGGACAGAUCAUUACGCUGCUGCCCAGUUCCACAACUACAACCACAUGAAUAUGGGCAUGAAUGUGGCAGCUCAUCAUGGCCCAGGGGCAUUUUUUAGAUAUAUGAGGCAACCUAUCAAACAAGAAUUAUCAUGUAAGUGGCUAGAGGAAUCACCAAUGAACCGACCGCAGAAAAGCUGCGACAGGACAUUCAGCAGCAUGCAUGAGCUGGUUACACAUAUGACAAUGGAACAUGUUGGGGGACCAGAACAAAAUAAUCACAUUUGCUACUGGGAGGAAUGUCCUAGGGGAGGAAAAUCCUUUAAAGCAAAGUACAAACUGGUUAAUCACAUAAGGGUUCACACUGGAGAAAAACCUUUUCCAUGUCCCUUUCCUGGAUGUGGGAAAAUCUUUGCACGAUCAGAAAAUCUAAAGAUCCACAAGAGAACUCAUACAGGUGAGAAGCCCUUCAAGUGUGAGUUUGAAGGAUGCGAUCGACGGUUUGCAAACAGCAGUGACAGGAAAAAGCAUAUGCAUGUGCAUACAUCAGACAAACCAUACAUCUGCAAAGUGUGUGAUAAGUCCUACACACAUCCCAGCUCUCUAAGGAAACACAUGAAGGUACACGAAUCUCAAGGGUCUGAUUCAUCGCCAGCUGCCAGCUCAGGUUAUGAAUCUGCCACCCCACCAGCAAUGGUAUCUGUCAGUAGUGAGGAAACUUCUAAAACUACUUCAGCAGUAAUUCAGACUAACAGCAACACUCACAAUCCAGGAUUACUUCCACCUAAUUUUAAUGAGUGGUACGUCUGAAACAUUUUUUUACAAAGGCACAAUCAUGCUCAAUAAAAGGACCAAAUCAAAUCUAGCGACCAAGCUGGUUGUUGUUCCAGGAUGGAGAUGACGUUUAUGACACAAACAACAGUAUAGGGCUUUGUUUUGUAAUCUGAAUUUACCCUGGAAGUUUUGUUUUAUUCCUAAAGAAGGCUGUGGACUAAUUUUGUCCUAUUCUCAGGAUCUGAAAACAUAUUUUGGCAUUUACAUUCCUUAUCUCUUACUUUUCUUUCAUUUUAACAUUACAUUUUUAUUUUCGUAAACAAACUAUAGAAAGGUUUUUAAAUGGUGUAUUUAACAGAUAAAAGAAAAUCUUUACACCUUUAUGGUGAUUGUUAAAAUCUCACAUUCUUAAACAGUGCCAAAGUCUUGUUAUGUCUUGAACUUUCUCAAAGCAUUACACUUGUGAAUGUAUUCCUUGUCUGAUAGGGUCAAAGCUGUUGUUGGGUAUAUUUUCAGGAUGGGACUUGUGUUCAUUCACAGAUUGUGACCAGUUAGUAUACAGUUGCCUUUUGUAAGAACUUUUGUAAAUAUAUCCAUGAUGCCAUAUUUAUCGUUUGUAAUUUAAUUAUUGAUACAAGUGCCGGGAACUGAACAAUAUUUAUGAAAAAAAGUUUUCUAACAAAACUCUGUAUAGCUUUUGGUUAUAACUGCUUUAGCAUUAAAAUUUAUUGUUUUAAGA